AUGAAAAACAAAUAUACUCCUAUUUCAGAUUCUGAUGACUCUUCCAAAACGCUCAGUGAUGAAAAGGCAGAUAGUCGGUCGUCUCCUUCUGAUGGUACGCCUCCUCCGUAUUCAGCUUCAAACAAAUUUAUCGAUUUAGAAAUGGCUGAUGGAUCCGCUCAGAAUUCCGCCCAAGAAUCUGUUAAUAACAUCAGGUCGGACCCUUUAACGAAUAAAGAGUGGUGGAAAGACUUUUCCGUAGGCAUAAUGACUAUUAUAGCUAUUUUAUAUAAUACUGUUUUUCUAGCCAUAGUUUUUGGUUACAAGGUUUCUCCGUAUACGAAUGUUUUUUACGGGCUUGCUGGCGGUUCUAUUGGAUCCAUUUUUAUUUUCCUAUUUACGAUUCUUGUAACCUAUCCGGAAUGGUACACGCAAGCUGGAAGAGCAACAAAGAAGUACAUUAAGAAAGGUGGAGGAGCGCCAGCUGUGUGUAAAGCCCUAAUUACACUCAUUAUUUUCAAUGGAGUUGGGGGUGGUGCUUUAAAAUUAUCAGGAAGCUUUGAAUAUAUACAUUCAGCUGUGGUGUUGAUCGUUUUAGCUGUACUGAACAUAUGCUUGUUUGUUCUUCUCAUUCGAAACCCAAAUGCAUUUGAAAAUAUGACUCUUAUCCCACCUACAAUCAACAGAAUUAGCAGGAAUGGUCCACCUCGUAACGAAGAAAUCGAAUUUCAACCUCUUGCUGAGCAAAGUGCUAAUGCUUGA